GUAAUGAGUGGUUCAGAAAUAAUUUCACGACUGAAGCUUAAUAUCAAUGUUACACUUGCCUUGUGAUUUUCUGACAGGGAAUUUGAUGAAAAUGUUUUGUUAUUGCAUUACCAACUAAAUGUUUUAGGUAAUAUUUGCAAUUUAGAAGUUCCAUUUUAAGAGUCCUUAAUACUGAAAAGGUCCAGGUGAAAUUUUCAGCCAAAUAAUAAAUAAGAGGCAAAAACUCAAAAAGUUACUUUGUGAAAUAGAAAAUGAAUACAUUUGGGUAAUGAUUAAUAAAUAAAAAAUAAUUAAAAUUAUCCAGGAUAACUGAUUUGAUGGUCACUUAAAUAUAUAAGUAAAUAACCAAAUAUUACAGAAUCCAAUAUCCCACAAUAGCCAAUUGUAAGCAUGUUUAGCCACGUUAGCCGCAGAAAGCUAAAAUAUAAAUAUAAAUCGAUAGCAUUCGGUGUUAAGGUGCGCUUUCGGGCAGCAGUGAGGGCUCAAGGCCACAGAGUACACGUGUGUGGUUCACAGCAGAUAGAGAGGCGGUGUUGGGCAGUAAACGACAGGACCUGCGGAGUGCAGUGCACAAAAGAAAUUAAAUAAAUAUUGGUCAAAAAUAGACCCGGUCACCAGAAUGAGGGAAUCUACUUCCAAAGCAAUGGCGGGACCCAGGCCUGUGGUGUUUAGCGGCCCGUCUGGUGCAGGCAAGAGCACUCUGCUCAAGAAGCUCAUGAAGGAAUACGACAGUGUCUUUGGCUUCAGCGUCUCCCAUACAACGAGAAACCCUCGACCUGGAGAAGUGAAUGGCAAAGAUUACCAUUAUGUCACACGGGAUGUGAUGCAGGCUGGCGUAGCCAAUGGUGACUUCAUUGAAAGUGCAGAGUUUUCGGGGAACAUGUACGGAACAAGUAAAGCUGCUGUGCAGGACGUCCAGGCCAAGAAUCUCAUCUGUAUACUUGACAUUGACAUGCAGGGAGUGAGAAACAUCAAAAAGACGGACCUGGAUCCCAUCUACAUCUCCAUCCAGCCGCCAUCGAUGGCAGUUUUGGAAAAACGUCUCAGGGACAGAAAAACGGAGUCGGAGGAGAGCCUGCAGAAGCGUUUGAGAGCAGCUGCAGUGGACAUGGAGUUCAGUAAAGAACCUGGCGUAUUCGAUGUGGUAGUUGUCAAUGACAACUUAGAUGAUGCUUACAUUCAAUUAAAACAAGCACUGCUGAAGGAGAUUGACAAGGUCAAGAAAAUCAACAGGUCUUCAUAGGAAACAGCAGCCAUCACCUGACAACACUUCCUCCUCUCUUCCUGUCACUCCUCACACAAUCACGGACCUCCAUUCCAGUUGUGUACAUUCCCUCAGGAGGUGGUGUGUGUGGGUCUUACAGACAUGUAGAAAUACAGUACAUGGUGUCGUAUUGUUUAGCAGAACACCUUUUUAUUACAAAGUGCUUUUUAUAUUUUUAUUUUCAGUUGUGUAAAAAAUGUACUCCUAACAAUCCGUACUUGAUUCAACUCUUGCAAAGUUCUCACAGCCACAGUGUUUACAGCACACUCUUAGCCACAU